UGUUUUUUGAUAGCCCACUUGGAUUCAUCUUUCGGUUUGGGUAUUAAUUUUACUUCAUUUGAGUACACAAACUGUACUCUUAUCACAUUUCAUCAUGCGUCAACUCACCGAAGAGGAAACGAAGACGCUCUUCGAGAAGCUCAGCGCCUACUGCGGACGCUCCAUCUCAAACCUGAUCACGGCCGGCUCCGAAGACAACGACCGCUAUGUCUUCCGCAUGAUCGGAUCCCGCAUCUACUACGUCCCGCUGUCCCUGGCCAACCUGGCGACCUCGAUUCCCCGCGAUAACUUGCUGUCGAUGGGUACUGCGAUUGGAAAGCUCACGAAGACCGGAAAGAUGAGACUUCACAUCACUGCGCUGGACGUCAUCUCCCCUCACGCGCGGUUCAAGGUCUGGAUCAAGCCGAACGGUGUCGCUCCGUUUUUGUAUGGAGGAAAUGUUGUCAAGGCGCAUGUUGGCAGAUGGUCGGAUGACUGCCCGGAGCAUGCUGGAGUCGUUGUUCUCGAUCAGAAUGACACCCCCUUGGGAUUCGGAGUGACUGCUCGGUCCACCGCCGAGGCCCGGAAGCUGGAGCCCACGGCGAUUGUCGUCUUCCGUCAGGCAGAUUGCGGCGAGUAUCUGAGAGAGGAAGAUACUCUGUUCACGACCUAGAGAAAAGUGUUGCAUACGCGGAAUCGAUCAUGGGGUUAUUUUCAUAGAUACCUUGGGAUUCUCGCAGGAGUUUUGGAGUCGUCGCUUGAUCAUCGUCUAUGUGUUCGUUCAUAUGGUUGCUUCGUCUAGAAAAGUAUUUCUCAUGAUGUCUAGCCUGGUCCUAUCUGACGUACGAUAAUAUCAUUACUUGGCCAUCGACUGGA